CGCUGUGUCGGCAACAAUCAUGCAAGCGGAUGCGAUCGACGUGCAAUCGACGGACCUGGAAGUGCUGAGCCGACUGGCAACCCAACAGCGCAGGAACGUCCUUGCGAAUCUUACGCAGUUGCGCAAGCACGAUUAUGCAUACCUGCGAAGUCUGCAUGCCGAUCCCCAUGACAGUUACUUUCUCAACAUUGCUCGGCUGCACGAAACGAGCCUUAACUUAUCCACCGCACUUGGCCCCGAAAACCACGAGAAGCGAUGCGAGCAACUGUACUACUUGGGUCUCAGCCUUGGCCGACUCCUAGCGACAGCAUGCUCGUCAUCGCAACUUAUCUUUGACGGUUGCCAGCUGAUGGACGAGCUAGACUUCUACUUUUCAGCCCCCAGCAUCCAAAACAUGAAACUCGUCACCGUCGCCACCAAAGUGCCAUUCUACGAGCGGCCACGCACAUCCUCCGCUGAUGACAUCGCGCAUGCAGAGCCGUAUCGCACCGUCGUGCGCAAGUGGAACAAUAAACCUGUAUAUCAGCGCCUCGUCACGCCCCACAUCGCAUUUCCCUUGGACUAUUGCCUCUUGGUCGUGUCUCUCUGCGACGUCCUCACGCUCGUCUACGCCAAGCUCCAGGGAGAGCCAUGCAAUCAAACCCACGUGUUCCAAGCUCUACUUCGCCUCGACGAGAAGCUGAAGAAAGUCGUGCUGGACCACAUCAAGAAGCACUUGAGCGAGGUCGCGACCGACAUGAUCAAAGACCAAAUGCAAUCCUUGCGUCCGGUGCCACCAGGUCCACGUCGAGCCUGACAAUGCUCCAAGCAAGUACGACCGACUCAUUCGUUGGUACACUGCGAGCGACCUCGAUUCAGAAACGUCAUAGGUUUAUAAGUCAAACAGGACACAUUAAGGAGAAGCUACAGGUCGACUCGCGCCGGCCCGUCCGACGAUGUUGUGGUCAUCCCGAUAUUGCCUGUGUGGUGGAACGACCUGGAGCUGUUCAUGCCCGCCGACGACGACAUCACGUAGGUCGAUGUCGACGCCGCAUGAGGUCGUUGGAGGUAGUGGCCUUGCUGCACCUUGAGUUGUUGAAGGUACGCAUGGAUGUCCUGAAUGCGGGGACGGUCUUCGGGGUGGUAGCUUAAGCACUGGAUCGCCAGGUCCAUCAAACAGGGCGGGCACUCCUUCGUAAACGCCGGUCGGAUGUCUCCCGCCACGACCAGCAUCGCGAGCCGGGUGCGCACCACAUUCACGUCUAUCAAGUCUCGGCACGAGUAAACAAAGUCCAAGUUCGAGUAGGGCACUUCCGCCGUGUCCAAUUCCGCCAUGAGCACGCCAAGCGAGUACACAUCGGCCUUUUCCGAGUAGUAAACCUACGCAUCAUGCACCCACAAACGUCAGAGUGAUCUCCCACCCUUCGGG